UGCUGCCAAUUGUUUUUAUGGGAAGAAUCUGCUCCUAGUGCCUGUCUCUAUGUUGCACACAAAAGAAAAAGCAACCCUUCCCAUGCUUUCUGCAAGCUUCUUACAGGGAGCUCUGCAUGUUCCACAGAGCAGCUGCAAAACUGUAUCGGUGCAGACUUACAGCUUUGUCUUUACUGGGCUUGAAACUAAGAAUAUGUGAAAAGGGUCCUGAUUAGAUGUUGUAUUUUGCAGCAUCUGACAAAGAGAAUAGAUGGAUAUUCCUGGUCUUUAGGGACUUGCUUGUGAUUAGAUAUUUCUUCAGUCCAAAGCUUGCCUGUUCAGCAUUUUGUGAUCCAGAGGGUGUUCAAGACGCAUCUUGCAGUAUGCCUGCAUUGAUUUAAAACCAGCAAGCAGAUGCAAGCCUGCAUCAAGACGGAGUGGAUGCUGCUUCUUGUGGUUAAUCAUGAAGGUACAGCUUUAUGUUUCUGAAAGCACUUGACUGGAUGGAUGUUUUUGUCUAAGCAGUAGAUAUUAUUGCAAAGGAAGAUUUGAAAAUCACGUUGUCUGCUCUCUUGCUUGCUUUACCAAGUUCAGUGCUUAUCUCUAUACUUGUAUCCUAGGGAUACUGUACUGUUCUCCUCUGCCUGCACCAUCUACCACUGCUGCUUCUACUACUUUCAGUCAUCUUUUGAGUUCAGAUUUGAAGACUCGUUUAGCAGCAUUUGGAACUAAAAUCUCCAGCCAUUUAGUGUUCUAUAGCCCUGUUCUGAGAAGGUUUGAGUACACUCUAAGAUUUGGAUCGUGAAUAAAGAUUUAUUGCAGGAGCAAUGCAAGUUUCCAUAGCUUGUACAGAACAUAACUUGAAGAAUCGAAAUGGUGAAGACAGGCUUAUCAGCAAACAGAACACCACUACCCCAAACGUAGUGAAUGCAGCCCGGGCAAAAUUCCGGACGGUGGCUAUUAUUGCUCGCAGUUUGGGGACAUUUACCCCUCAGCACCAUAUCUCUUUAAAAGAAUCAACUGCAAAGCAGACUGGCAUGAAAUAUAGAAAUCUUGGGAAAUCUGGACUAAGAGUUUCAUGCCUGGGCCUUGGGACAUGGGUCACAUUUGGAGGUCAAAUUUCAGAUGACGUUGCUGAACAGCUAAUGACAAUCGCUUAUGAGAGUGGAGUAAAUCUGUUUGAUACAGCGGAGGUGUACGCAGCUGGAAAGGCUGAGGUGAUUCUGGGAAGCAUAAUCAAAAAGAAGGGCUGGAGGAGAUCCAGUCUGGUCAUAACAACAAAACUCUACUGGGGUGGAAAAGCUGAAACAGAAAGGGGACUUUCAAGAAAACACAUCAUUGAAGGAUUAAAGGCUUCUCUCCAGAGACUGCAGCUCGAGUAUGUGGAUGUUGUCUUUGCAAAUCGACCAGACAAUAAUACCCCCAUGGAAGAAAUUGUCCGAGCAAUGACACAUGUGAUAAACCAGGGGAUGGCAAUGUACUGGGGAACCUCACGCUGGAGUGCUAUGGAGAUCAUGGAAGCCUAUUCUGUAGCAAGACAGUUUAAUAUGAUUCCACCAGUAUGUGAACAGGCUGAAUAUCAUCUUUUCCAGCGAGAGAAAGUGGAGGUUCAACUGCCAGAAUUGUACCACAAAAUAGGGGUUGGAGCAAUGACAUGGUCUCCACUUGCCUGCGGGAUCAUCUCCGGGAAAUAUGGAAAUGGGGUUCCUGAGAGCUCCAGGGCUUCACUGAAGUGCUACCAGUGGCUAAAGGAAAAAAUUGUAAGUGAAGAAGGAAGAAAACAGCAAAUAAAGCUGAAAGACCUUUCCCCAAUUGCAGAUCGUCUUGGAUGCACACUACCUCAGCUAGCAGUUGCAUGGUGCCUACGAAAUGAAGGUGUGAGUUCUGUUCUUCUAGGAUCUUCCAAUCCAGAGCAACUGAUAGAAAAUCUUGGAGCCAUUCAGGUUCUUCCAAAGAUGACAUCACACGUUGUAAGUGAAAUAGAUAAUAUUCUAGGGAAUAAGCCCAUCAGCAAGAAGGACUACCGAUCAUAAUGCAAUGCAUGGUUACACAGGACAGCAUGGUUAAAAUAGUGCUCUGUAUAUAGUACAGUACUGAAUUAAUAUCCAGUCAUUAGAAUCAUGCAGCAGCUUGCUGCUCAGCCUCUACUGUUACUGGAUUUUUCAAGGUGUGUGCUGUUGCUACCAAUCUGCAGUAAAAUUCAAAAGCACAGUUGAUCUCUCAUACAACUGAGAAUAUUCUUUGUAUUUUCUUAUCUCUGACUAAAGUCAUUGACUCUUAAUUUUCUCUUAGCACCUCAUGCUUAUGCAGUGAAAAACACAUAUCAAGCAAAAAAACAAAACAAAUUAUUUAUAUCCUUUAGGUACUUGGUAAUUAAAAGAAGGAUGUACAGAUAUAUUUUUUCAAUGAACAAAACCAAAAGUUACAGUUUUAGUAAAAAUGCAUUCUAAGAAAUUUCGAUUAUAAAAGUUCUUCAGCUAGAUCAUAGAAUGAGCUAGUUCAAAAUUUUCAAAUGCAAUUUUUGUAUAGGCUUUAGGCUGUAGCUGAAAAAGGACCUUACAGUAAAAAGUCAGAAAAUUAAUUGCUACAUGGUUCAGCUUCUAAAUAGUCCAGUUAAAAAUUUUGCAUAUUGAAUGUGCUCAGCUAUUUAUUAUAUAAUUCACAGUUGCUGUAAAAUAUCAGAAAACCAGAUAUUUGUUUUGGUGAAAGGUUACAUUUGCUCCGACUGUAUCCUGGAAAUCAGCCAUAAGUAGUGCUUCUGACAAGGUAUUUUUAAACAAUGAGUUUUGUGAAAGUAUUUCAUCCUUACACAGGAAACACUGGUACAUUUAUCAGUUAAUCUGCUCAUUUUAAGAACAGCUUCAUAAAAACAGUAACCUCACUUUGCUUUGUAAAAUGCAUUUCCUAUAACUUCAGUAAGUCUAUUUCGCACAUGUAUGCAUACAUAUACAUUUCCUAAAGACUAUGGUUAUGUACAGUACAUAUAGGAUCCUUGUAUACCAUGUUUCCUAACUUCAUAGCAUAAGAGUGUUGCACACAUUUUUUCAGAUGACACAUGAACAGAACAUAGAUACUGAUAUUUUUAAAGUUAAAAUGUUUUUCUUCUAUUUCAUCCAAUGAUCUAUGGUAUGUGUAAAUGAACCUAGCUUCUGUAUAUCAGAACCACAAUCUAACUUCUGCUUGUACACAAUAAAAGCAUUUUGUGCAUCCAA